AUGGCAGACUCAGAGAAAGAUAGUCCUCCCUACGAAAGUACCACAAAGACCCAUUUUGAUGUGGAGAAAAUCCAGCCCAUUGUCGAAAUCUCCAACACAGAUCUCUCAGACUUGUUGGAUACCCUUCGUGAAACCAUCAAAGAUCAUGAGCUGGAUCCCAACUUUCCCACUGAGAUCCUCAACUCGGCUCGUGCUGCGCUGCAAGAGACACCCGACAAGCUCGAUGCAACCCGUAUUCAGAGUAUUGUAGCUCAGAUACAGGCUGAACGUGACCUUCUUCUCAAUGAUUCCCCUUACGCUGAAGUUCGUGCAGUCGUCGACAACACCGAUGAUCCUUCGACACCAGUCAACACCUUCCGUGCCUGGUCCCUCGGCAUCCUCUUCACAAUCUUGGGCACUGGCAUAGAUCAGUUCUUCUCUUUGCGGUAUCCCGGAAUUUAUCUCUACACUGUUGUUGCUCAGUUGCUCGCUUAUGCCUGCGGUGUGUUCAUGGCUCGAGUUCUACCCACCACCUCCUACAGUGUCUUUGGGAAAAACUUCAGCCUCAACCCAGGCCCUUUCAACCAGAAGGAGCACAUGCUCAUCACCGUCAUGUCCAAUGUCGCAUACGGAGGUCUCAAUGGAACCGCAUACGUGACCUACAUCUUCCAGGUUUUGAAGCUGGACAUGUUUUAUGGAAUGAAAGAAUUGGCCAACAGCGCAGGGUUCCAGAUUCUGUUGACACUAUCCACCCAGUUGAUUGGUUAUGGGUGUGCUGGCAUAGCACGUCGAUUCUUGGUCUACCCUCCCGCUAUGAUGUGGCCCAAGAACCUGGCCCAGAUUGCCCUGAACCGAGCCCUGCACAAUGAUGGUGCUUCAGGUUCGAUAAACGGAUGGUCGAUGUCUCGCUAUCGUUUCUUCCUGUACUGCUUUGGUGCAAUGUUCUUCUACUUCUGGUUCCCCGACUACAUCUUCCAGGCUUUGUCGUACUUCAAUUGGAUGACUUGGAUCGCACCGGAAAACGUCAAACUGGCUAUCAUCACUGGCUCGAUUGGUGGAAUGGGGUUCAAUCCCCUCCCUACCUUUGAUUGGAAUAUGAUCUCAUACGCAUUUGACCCAGUUGUCACUCCGUUCUUCUCGUUGGUGAACAACGUGAUCGGCAUGGGUUUUGUUGGCAUUGUGAUCAUUCUGCCUGUUUAUUUCUGCAACGUGUGGAAUACUGCUUACCUUCCCAUCAACAGCAAUGGGAUUUUCGACAACACCGGCUCCAGCUAUAACGUUAGCCGCAUCCUCAAUUCGGAAUUUACUCUUGACGAGGCUGCUUACGCGGAGUACGGCCAAGCCUACCUUGGUGCUGCUAAUUCGGUCCUGUACUCUGCCUUCUUUGCUAUCUACCUAGCGACAGUUGUGUACGCAAUAUUAUACCACAAUCGAGAGAUCAUGACUGGCUUCCGUGCGGUACUCAAGUGGACUAGUGCCAGAGAUGAGUACGACGAUGUGCACAACCGUCUCAUGCGCGCGUACAAAGAGUGCCCAGAAUGGUGGUACUUGAGUAUCCUCGCAAUCGCGUUCAUUAUGGGUUGCGUUUGCUGCAGUGUCUACGACACCGGCAUGCCGAUCUGGGGAAUCGUCAUUGGGCUGCUGCUUUGUGUUUUCUUGCAGAUCCCCAUCGGAAUCAUUAUGGCUGUCACCAAUGUUGAGGUCACCAACAAUGUUAUUGCCGAGUUUAUCGGUGGAUAUGCUGUGCCAAACAACCCAGUCGCAAACAUGAUUUUCAAGUCAUAUGGCUAUAUCGCGUCAGCACAGUCUAUUCAGUUUGCAGCUGAUCUUAAAUUGGGUCAUUAUAUGAAAAUUCCUCCCCGCACAAUGUUUGCCGCCCAGACUGUGGCCACUGUCAUUGCUGGGUUUGUGUCGAUCGGAGUCAAUGCCUGGCAGCUGUCCAAUAUCAAGGAUAUUUGCACUUCUCAUCAAUCGGCAAACUUCACAUGUCCUGGCUCCCACACAUUCUUUACUGCCUCCAUUAUCUGGGGAGUCAUUGGCCCCGCGCGCAUUUAUGGUGACAGUGGCAUCUACCACCCUCUAGAAUGGGGAUUCCUUGUCGGCGCUCUUCUCCCUAUCCCCACCUACUUCCUUGCUAAGCGUUUCCCCAACUCUUGGGUCCGCUACGUUCAUAUUCCUCUUCUGCUGAACGGCGUUCUUUGGUGGGCCCCGUACAAUUUCACUUAUGCUUGGCCAGCUCUCGUAGUCGGAUUUGGUUUCAACUACUACGUGAAGCGCCACUACGAGAGGUGGUGGCAGAAGUAUGCUUACGUGCUUAGCUCCUCGUUCUCCUGCGGAAUUGGUAUUGCCGGCCUGAUAAUCUUUUUUGCUGUUCAGUUCAAGGCCGUUGAUAUAAACUGGUGGGGCAAUAACGUGCCGUAUGCUGGUUGCGAUAAUAAUGAAUGUCCCUUGUUGCCGAUUCCAGAAAUUGGACAUUUCUGA